AUUUUCGUAGAUGUCGCCUGACCCGCUGAGUUCUUCCAGCAUCUUGUGUGUGUUGCUCUGGAGUUCCAGCAUCUGCAGACUUUCCCGAGUUUCUGCCUUCUAUUCAAAUAGAGCACCACGUGAUGCCUCGGCGUAGGGCGGUCCCUGGCCGCCGAUUGGUCGAGCGGCGCGGCAACUGCGUGCCUGAUUGGACUUGCCGACAGCGCGUCAGUCCGAGGGAGGGGCGGGGCUGGCGGUUGCGAUGGGAGCAGCCAUGGCGGCGGCCGUGCGGCGAGGCGGGUGCCCGGGGCGGUGGCGGUGAGGCCUCGGGGAAACGAGUGAGGUCAAUGAGGGAAGCCAAGGAGGAACUUUAUGAGGUCACAACAGAUAUCUGUGUCGUCGUCAGCCAAGGGCGAGAGGAGGGCCGUUCUUGAGCCUUUAUCAAGUACAGCAGUAAGGACAUUCGAGGAAACUACAGGACUGGGGAGGAUGGCAGAGGAGCGGCGGGGGGAGGGGGAGGAGGAGGAGGAGAGGGCUUCAGCACUGGACGAGGCGGCGAGGAGACGAUGCACGGCAGCACAGAACCUCGCCUUCCUGAAAGCACGUUCCAUGGACGUCACAUUUGAGGUGGGAGAGGAUUACCAGGUCCUGCAGACCAUUGGCACAGGCGCCUACGGAGUGGUGACCUCGGCACGUCACCGGCAAACAGGCCAGCUGGUCGCCAUCAAGAAGAUCCCCAAUGCCUUUGACGUGGUGACCAACGCCAAGCGCACCCUCCGCGAGCUGCAGAUCCUCAAGCACUUCAAGCACGACAAUGUCAUCGGCAUCAGGGACGUCCUGAAACCACCGGGCAGCCUGGCUGAUUUCCGAAAUGUUUACGUGGUGCUGGACCUGAUGGAGAGCGACCUUCACCAGAUCAUCCAUUCCCCGCAGCCCCUCACGCUCGAGCACUCCCGGUACUUCCUCUACCAGCUCCUUCGGGGCCUCAAGUACAUCCACUCAGCCCGCGUCGUCCACCGCGACCUCAAGCCCGGGAACCUGCUGGUCAACGAGAACUGCGAGCUGAAGAUCGGCGAUUUCGGCAUGGCGCGCGCCCUUCGCCGCGGAGGCAGUUCAUCCUCCUCCUCCACCGCCUCCUCCCAGCAGCCCUUCCUGACAGAGUACGUGGCCACCCGGUGGUAUCGAGCGCCCGAGCUCAUGCUCUCGUUCCCCGGUUACGGGAGUGCGGUGGACUUGUGGUCUGCCGGCUGCAUCUUUGCCGAGAUGUUGGCCCGUCGGCAAUUGUUCCCCGGCAAGAACUACCUCCAUCAGUUGCAGCUGAUCCUGGCUGUGCUGGGCACCCCCUCCGAUGACCUGGUGGCCUCGGUGGGGGCUGAGAGGGUGAGGUCCUACCUGAGGGGCCUGCCCCGCCGUAAGCCUGUCCCCCUCGCGUCCCUCUUCCCCGGGGCCCAACCCCAAGCCCUGGACCUCCUGGGUCGCCUGUUGAGGCUGGACCCCCGUGAGCGUCCCACGGCGGCACAGGCCCUGGCCCACCCCUUCCUGGCCCAGUACCACGACCCCCAGGACGAGCCUGAGUGCUCCCCACCCCUGGAGCUGGACGAGCCACCUGAGGGAGCCGGCAGGGAAGAGCUGAGGGAGGCAGUGGGCCGUGAGAUUGCCGAGUUCCACCGACGCCGUCAGCGCCGGGGGGCCGAGCUCAGGCCGGUGGUCCCUCCUCUGCCAUCAUCUUCCUCUUCCUCUUCCAAUGCUGCCCCUUCCUCCCGGGACGUGGAGAUGGCCGGAGUGUCCCGUCAAGCCCUCCCUGUCCCCGCUUCCCACCCAGUCCCCGUCUCGCACACCAUCCCCAUCUCCCGUCCUGUCUCUCGGCCCGCCCCCAGCGAGGAGCCAGCAGUCUGGGAGCAGCGUAGGCAGCGACAUUCAGAGGACGAAGAGGAGAAGGAGGAGAGGGGUGCUGAGGUGGAGGAGGAGGAGGAGACACCAACAUCCCGGGUCGAGGGCAGGAAAGAUGGAGGCAUCUCAGCUGACACGAAAGCAGCUCUGAAGGCGGCCCUGUUGAAAUCAGCACAGAGACAGAGAAACCGAGAAGCGUCCGCCUGCGUGCAGGAGAUGGCGGAACUGCGGCGGCCGGUGACGGCCCAGGAGCGGCAGCGGGAGCGCGAGGAGAAGCGGCGGCGGCGGCAGGAGCGUGCCCGUGAGCGCGAGCGGCGGCAGAGGGAGCGCGAGAGGCGGCAGCUGAAGGAAGGCGACGUGCUGGGUGGCGUGGUCCUCAGCCAGGGCGACAAGAGCCUGCUGCAGCGCUGGAUGCGCAUGACGGAGGCCGGGCUGGGACCGGCGGGGGCUACCCUCAACGGCACUGGGAACGGCUGCGGGCUGGGCAGGAGACCGGGCUUCGGACACGAGCAAGGACCGGGACUGCCACCACCCGCCGCGGCCGGGCCGGGGCUGGGUCCCCCUGCCCCCCAGGGACCGGGACAGGGUCCGACCCCCGUAGGCCCUGGGCUAGGAAGCAGACCGACACCAGGAACAGGAUCGGGACUGGGACCAGCCCCAGCCACGGCGGGACCAGGGACGGAUCCGGAGCUGCUGCCUCCCGUGGCUCUACCUCCUUUCUCGGGCUUUGGCGGCCCGGCCGAGCUGCCGUGUUGCUUCCCUGGGAACCCGUUCCAGCCCAACCGGGCGCUUGGAUCCCGGCCACCCCCGCCCGCUCCUCCCCCAGCCCCCACGGCCUCCAACCCUGCCCUCGCCCACAUACCCACCCCCGGGCGCCCGUUCGGGACGGGGGUGGGACAGGAGUGGGGCAGCACCGCACCCCUCUACCGGCCGGCGGCUUGGGACGGUCCCCACCCCCCUGAGGAGGAGCAGGGAGUCCCCGAGGCAUCGAGAGGACCGGCGACUGAGCCACGACUAGGAAGUGAGGCUUCGGUGGUGGCUACUGCGGAGCAGGAGGAUGUCAGCAUGGUGACCCAGCAGCUGUCCAAGUCGCAGGUGAAGGAUCUGCUCCCGCCUGUUUUCUCAGUCACACCAAAGGGCAGUGGGGCAGGCUACGGAGUGGGCUUCGAUCUGGAGGAGUUCCUCAAUCAGUCUUUCGACAUGGUGGGCGAGACCCAGGAAAGCCAGGCAGACUCUGCCCCCCUCUCUGCUUCGCUGCUGGCUGAUUGGCUGGAGGUCCACCGGAUGCAUCCAGCUGAGAUGGAAUCCCUGCAGCAGGAAUUACAGCUGGGAUCCCCCAUGAGCCUCUCCGACCUGGCCGAUAUAUAGCCCCCCAUCACGAGGGAAAUGAUCGUGACCUGGUUGGAAUCCCUGCGAGCGAGGGAGGGUGUGUCGUAGUGCGGGACCCCCAGACUGACAGAACGGGACAGCAGCGGAUUACCAGGCUGCGGAUACAGGACCCCACUGGGAGCCAGAGGCCUUCCCACCACACACCUCCUUGAGCAGGAAGAGAGAGGGUGAAGCCUCACCAGAAAGAGUCAUCUGCUCUGCGCCCAGGUCGCACACUGGAAUCCUCGUCCGCAGGUUAUGUGGGAGGGGACAGACACUUGACCAGAUUCUGGGGAGGUGGUAGAGGCCACAGAGGGAGGAUCUGGUAAAUCUGCUGUGAGAAAUCGUCCUUCCCACCCCACCCAGUGUUCUGCCCUGGGAAGGAGUAAGAACUCCACUCCAACCCUAGUGUAGACUUACUUAGCUGUACAGCACUGAAAUAGGCCCUUCAGCCCAUCAAAUCUGUGCCUACACCACCCACUUGCCUGUCCCACAUCGACCACUUCCUGGAGCAGAUCGUCCCAUUUACGAACCACCUCCAAAGUCCAGAUGAAAAAGCUGCACUUCACGUCCCCUUUGGUUCUUCAUUCCCCAACACUAGUAAAAGACUGUACACAUUCACCCUAUCUGUACCCCUCGUGGCUUUAUACACCUCGGUCUCCUAUGCCCCAUGGAAGACAGCCCCGACCUGUCCUGUAUCUCCUUACAACUCAGGGCACCGUGGGAGCGUAGCGGCUAACGGGACGUCAGUGCAGCCCGGGACUUUCCGGAGUACGGAGUUUAAAUCCGGCGCCGUUUGUACAUUGUCCCCCAUGAGUUUGCGAGGACUUGCUCUAGUUUUCUCCCACAGUCCAAAGGCGUAAAGGUUAAUUGGUCAUUGUGAAUUGUUGGCUGAUUAGGCUAGUGUUAUGUGGGUGGGUUGUUGGGUGGUACGGCUCGUUUGGCCUGUACCGCGCUGUACCUCUAAACGAAAUAAUUAAAACUUAACUAGUUCAACUACCCACUCCAGACUACUUGCUGAAGAAUCUUUUCCUGCCGCCUCUCCAGUUUAAGUCCACCCUUUCAAUAACCGGAUAACCAGAACCGAGCAGCCUCACCAAUUGUGAAACUGAAACGGGACGUCCCAACUCCUGUACUCAGUGCCCCCACAGCUGAAGGCCAAUGUGUCAAACAACAGCAUCAUUGCUCUGUCUCCCCGUGGCCAGGCGUCUGCCCCGUGCUCCCAGGUGUCUGUCCCGUGCUCCCAGGCGUCUGUCCCGUACUCCCAGGGGUCUGCCCCGUGCUCCCAGGCGUCUGCCCCGUGCUCCCUGGCGUCUGUCCCGUGCUCCCAGGGGUCUGUCCCGUACUCCCAGGCGUCUGUCCCGUGCUCCCAGGGGUCUGUCCCGUACUCCCAGGCGUCUGUCCCGUGCUCCCAGGGGUCUGUCCCGUGCUCCCAGGCGUCUGUCCCGUGCUCCCAGGGGUCUGUCCCGUGCUCCCAGGCGUCUGUCCCGUACUCCCAGGCGUCUGUUCAUCCAGCC